AUGAAACCGAUAAUCGUUCUAGUUUUAAUAAACUUUGUAAUAACACAUGCGUCGGUUGUGCGUUCGACUAAAAACGCGGAUUCCACCACGCCAUCGGGAAACGAAGCUGUUUUAUCCGAAACGAAAGCUGAUAAAAAGCAUGAGAUAUACAAGACGUUUAAUGUGAACGACAGUCAGGUUUAUUUAGACGACGUUCUUUUCGCUUUGAAGAAUCAAAAUUGGAGUGAUGCCGAGCAACCUUGUUUGGAAAGGACGCUGUUGAUGCUACAUAAUUUGCAGAAUUUCACGCUUUGGGCCGUAUGGGAUUGGGACUCCAUAUCAUCAGAGCCAGAAGGUCUACUUUACGGCAACAGGUUCCACCUUGGUAACUUCGACGAGUGUAUGAGUGCGCCCUGGUACAAACAGCAUCCGGAGCUGAGGACGCAGUACUGCUUGUCUGACAUCGUGCUGGAAAGAACGGUGCGUGCUGUAAAAACGGCUGCCGACCCCUUCAACCCGUAUGAGUCCGCGCUAAAUGUGAUAGAGUACGAAUCGCCGAUAAAGAGGCCACUAAACCAGCUGACCUGGGGAGUUUGCGUCCCGGCGGUGUGCGAGCCCAGGUCGGUGGAGAAGUUGACGGGCGUGCUCCUCGCGCACAGCCAUCUUGGAGCGGUAGGCCUACGCGCGCGCAUCUCUGUCAAUGACAGCUGUCAGAAGGCAGACGAGGCUUUACACUAUGAUGACCUUUUCUAUGCUUUUAUCGCCAUGACAGCCUGUUUAGUGGUCAUUGUGCUGAUAUGCACCUUGUUAAACUGCAAGAAGAAAGACUCCGCCGAAAACAAUUUUAAACAUCGGGUAAUAAAGGCAUUCGAUCUACGAACGAACGCGAGCAAGCUUGUAGAUCGAAAUGACGCGGGAACCGACGUGAUAUAUGGCAUGAAAUUUUUGUCCAUGUGUAUCAUAGUCAAUGGACAUCAGUACGGGAUAUUCAAUGGAGGUCCAGUCAGCAACGGGUUUGCAGUUGACAAGGAAGCACUAUCAUUAGUUGGACUAUUUGUCCUGCACGAGGAUAUAGUGGUGGAUACCUUCUUCAUGAUAUCCGGAUUUUUGACUGCGGUCGGACUCGCAAAAGCCAAGAGAUUCCCCAAUCUCAUAGUCUUAUUCUUCAAGCGAUAUGUCAGACUGGUGGUAACUUACGCAGUGGUAAUUUUCUACAUCUGCGCAAUAUACCCCUACAUAGGGUCCGGUCCAUUAUGGAACAGAGCUAUAGCUGAGGAUACGAAGCCAUGCCGGGAGAACUGGUGGCUGAACCUGCUCAUGAUCAGCAAUUACGUUAACAGCGAGAACAUGUGCUUAGUCAUCAGCUGGUACAUUCCCUGCGAUUACCACUACUUCAUCGUCACCGUACUGCUUUUCUGGUUCUACAAACGUCACCCGGGUGUUGGACGGAUAGCAGCAGUUCUAGUGCUUCUGGCAGCUAUAAUAACACCUGGUGUCAUCAACUAUCUGAACUCGCUACCCGCUAUACAGCUGUUUACCUUUGAUUUCGUAUCGAACCCUCGAGGACCGAAGCAGUUCCACUUGACUUACAUCAAGAGUCACACACGUUACGCUCCCUACCUGAUCGGUUUCCUCAGUGGCUACAUAUUUUCGAGGAUCACCGCUAGCGGCAACCUGAAAAAGAUUCCACGGAAAUGGGCAGUUCUCGGAGCGACCUUUAGCAUCCUUAUCAUGGCCGUGGUAACAUGCACCGGACCCAUGUUUCUGUGGCGCAGUUAUGACGUGCUCGAGAGCGCCGUGUACGCGGCGCUCAACCGCCCCGUGUGGGCGACCAGCGUGGCCUUGCUCGUCAUGUGCUGCUCCCUCGGAUACGUGCCCCUCAUAAAUGAUUUCUUGAGCUGGUGUCCAUGGGUGCCGCUGAGCCGCCUCACCUACGGCCUCUACCUGUUCCACACAACUCUGAUAGCGCGAAACGUUUUCGUCGCCCGCAACCCGCAGCACAGUGACAAUUUAAAUAUUUUGACGUCAUGUAUUGGAGUCAUUUUCGAGGGUACUUUAGCUUCGCUACUCAUCAAACUCUUUGCAGAAGCCCCUGUCCUGAAUAUGCUGAACAUUUGCCUUCGACCAAGGAACAGCAAUCACGGCGACAACUCAGACGUAGAAAAUAACCGCUCAAACAAUGUUAACGACAAAACAAUUUCAGAUAACGGCCACUUUGAACAGAACUUACCAUCGACUGUACAAGUUAUGUCUUCGAAAAUGUAAUAUUUAUAUUUU